CAAAUUACCAUCAGUGAUCAGUCACAGCACGGCCCUGCUCGAUGUUACACGCGUAUCCUCAUGAUCUUGAUGAACUUUUGCUUUCGUGAACGUAAACAAAAGUAAAGAUAUUACGGAUACAAUAAGUGUUAAACUUUAUAACGUCUAUGAAAUUUUUUAUUUAUCUUUUAUUAGGUAAUUUCAAGUUAAAUAAGUUUCUAUUUAAGUGUCAGAUAUUGUGUUUUUCCGGAGGCGACGCGACGGUCAAUUAUAACUAACUAUAUCUGAUUUAGUUCACUGAGUCACAGUUUCUGUGUAAAUAAGAAUAAGGAAAGUGCUUGGAGUACUAUAUGUUUUGAUUGCAGUCGAUACAAUGGGAAAAGAUUAUGGAGAACCGAUAAGUUAUGACCCAAAUUUCAACGGCCCCAUUCACAAUCGCUCCUGUACUGAUAUAUUAUGGCUGAUUGUAUUUGUGCUCUUCCUUGGAGGAUGGGGAUACGUUGGAUAUUACGGUUUGACACGCGGUAGCAUUGAAAAAAUAUUAGCACCAAUCGACUCAAAGGGCCGGCGAUGUGGGCUAGAUUCUGGACUCGAAGAGAAGAAAAAUCUUAUGUUUUUCAACAUUGCCAAAUGUCUUUCUCCUGGCACUCCAAUCACUGGUUGUCCCACUACGCAGGUUUGCGUGGAAAAUUGUCCGGACAAUACAAUUAUUUUCGAAAAGGAAUUGAGUCAAACCAGUUUUGAAUCGCUAAGAUCCAAAAUGGUCUGCACCGAUGAUGUAAAUAUAAAUACCAUGACAAGUUCACAGGCACUUCAGUAUAUGAAAGAAGAAAAGUGUGCGCGAUUCCUAUUAGCUAGUCAACCAGUGUUGUUCCGCUGCAUUGGUGACCUUUCAACUCUACAAUGCCCAAAGACUAAAGACGGAAUCCGAAGUGGAAACGAGGAAUGUGUUCGAAACCCAGUCGAGGCCCAGAAAUCUUUGCUGAAUAGAGCCACAGCACUCGAUUCUUACAUCGGUUGGAUUGCUGCAAGCUGGGUGACCUUUUUCACUAAGGAAAAUGAACGAGAGGCGCAUAUUCUAUCAUCACAAAUAGUUCAAGACCUGGUCCAGUCUAGAUGGUACUUAGCAGGAGCGUUGGUUGCAGUCUUCGUGCUAUGCUUCAUAUACAUUUUGUUGCUGCGAUGGGUCGUGGCUCCGGUCGUUUGGGUAUCAAUUGCUGGUCUAUUAGCAUUGCUCUGUUUCGCUAUGUAUCUCUGUUACAAGAAUUUUGAAUACUAUAAGGCAAAUCCAGCGGGUCUCUACCAAACCAACAAUUUAAAGGGAUACGCACAAUCUAUAUUUGCCAAAUACCAAACGUGGCUAGUUAUAUUAAUUGCUUUGGCGGUUAUUUUCCUAAUCCUACUACUAGUAGUGAUAUUUCUACGAAAUAGGAUAUCGAUUGCUAUUGCCCUUAUACGUGAAGGCAGCAAGGCAGUAACAGCGAUCAAGUCGACAGUAUUGUUUCCAGUGUUCCCAUGGAUCUUACAAUGUGGUAUUAUAGCGUAUGGGGUGUUGGUGCUGAUGCUGCUCCUCUCCAUCGGAGAAUCAUCAUUCCGAGUAGUAAACUUACGGAAUGAUACAACAUGUAGCUGUGCCGGCGUUUAUACUGAGGAAGGGCAAUCGUGUAAUCCAGCCAAUUUUAUAAGUGUGUGCCGUGACACUCAAUCCGUAGGAGGCCUAAUGCCUUGUUCCUUAGCCUCCUGUCAUUUUACGGGAAUCGAAAAUCCUAAUAGUGUGAUUGCGUUGCAUUUGGUCAAUUUGCUUGGUUUCUUCUGGACAAUGUUUUUCAUUAGUGGCAUCACUGAUAUGAUGCUGGCGAGCACAUUCUCCACUUGGUACUGGACUUUCAAAAAGAGGGAAUUGCCAUUCUUCACUCUCACUUCGGGAAUAUAUAGAGUUCUUCGCUACCAUCUAGGCACGGUUGCUUUAGGGGCUUUAAUUAUUGCAAUUGUUCGAGUAAUAAGGGUUAUAUUAGAAUAUCUAGACAGAAAACUUAAGAAAUUCGAUAAUCCAUUCACACGAUGCAUCAUGUGUUUCUGCAAAUGCUUCUUCUGGUGUUUGGAAAAUUUCCUGAAGUUUAUAAAUAAGAAUGCGUAUAUUAUGUGCGCUGUGCACGGAAAGAACUUCUGCAAGAGUGCACACGAUGCAUUCUCGCUACUCAUGAGAAACAUUGUUAGGGUUGUUGUUUUGGAUAAGGUAGCAGACUUUAUAUUUUUCCUAUCAAAACUAUUGAUCUCAAUCGGCGUUGGAUUCGCGGUGUAUUAUCUACUUGAAUGGAACUAUGUCUACGAAAUAACUAAUGGCGAAAAACUGCACUACAACUACGUACCAGCGAUAAUACUGAGCGUAGCCACCUACCUCAUUUGUACUAUUUUCUUUAAUGUAUACUCCAUGGCUGUGGACACGCUGUUUCUCUGCUUUUUGGAAGAUUGUGAGCGGAACGACGGCUCGCCCGACAAACCAUACUUCAUGUCUAAAAAUCUAUUAAAAAUACUUGGCAAGAGAAAUAAGAAACUUAACUAAGUUAAAUAUUAACAACUUUAAAUAGUGUUUAAAUUAAUCGUAUUAUUCAAGAAAUUUAAGAUAAUUAUUCAACUACCAAAACAUAGCGUCGGAUCGGUUUCAGAUUAACGAAAGGCGUUAGGAAUCGACGACUAGGCGUAGAAUGCUGAUAUUUUGAAUAUUUACAUUUAGAAGUAUAUCUCUACAAAUUCAUUUUCUAUUGAACCUAAAAUGUUAUAUAAAAUUCAUCGUAAUGAACGUAGAUUAUUUGGUUUCAAAGCGAUGAGAGAUAACAAUUAUCUCGCAUCGAAUAUUAAAAUUAAAGUACAGAUUUCGAUUUUAUGACGCACCAACCGUAAGCGCUAAUAUUGAAUU